GUGUUUACUGUCAAUGCAGGAACUAAAGCAUCAGAGCAGGAUUACACCAGGACUAAACCAGGUAUAGACCAGGACUAGCCCGGGUCUAAACCAGGACUAAUCCAGGUCUGCCGCAGGUCUUACCCAGGUCUAAACCAGUACUAAACCAGGACUAAGGGAGGGGCUGCAACUGUUGAUAAGGAGCUCCGAGUCCGAGACAGAGGAACAGCUCAGAGAUGACGUCCUUUCCCGUUUCUACGCCGGUGCCCAAACCCAGAAGCUGUUAUUCCAGGAACAGCUUUAGCUCCGUCCCCUCGGCUGCGGACAGAGAAGAACCAGACUCGAUCCGAACCAGAACUGAGACCUGGUCUGGACACAAGACCGAAAGCAAAGAUUGCGUCCCGUCUCUGGGCGGAGUCAGUGACCUCAUCGCGACUCACAUUCCAUCUCUCUCAGGAUUCGCUCUCUCUAUCAAAGACUCCGCCCCCUCAGCUCCCCGGGCCCCUCCCCCCUCAGCCCAUCCUCCUUCAGCUCCGCCCCCCUCUGCACUGGCCAAUAGCAUCGCGGCGGGCAUCCCGAGCUUAGCGGCUGAGGCCAACACUGUGGCUCACCCGCAGACCGACAUCUUCAGCAGCUUCUCGGACGUCCGCAGUUUAGCCGGACUGGUUAGCAAUGUGACUAAUGCUAACGCUCCUACAGCCACGCCCCCUGCCGAUAAGUCCCUCCCCUCUGCAGACAAGCCCCUCCCCUCUGUAGGGCCGUUCACACCUGGACUCACAGAUGUGAACGCUCUCUCAAAUCUGGUGAAGACAGUGCUGCAGCCAAAAGUCGUGGGGGUCCCAGAGGUCUCGGGUCUGGACGACUCGUCACAGGCCAAAGUGGAGUACCUGACCAUGCUCUCCCACUGGACGAGCCAUGAGGAGGGAGAGUCUGAAUCCUCCAAUGAGGACGAGGAACCUGCAGCUGCGGCCCCGCCUCCAGGACGCCUCACCCCCUCGCACCCGGCCCCGCCUCCUCCCAUUCCUCCCAGCCAAUCAAAGAAGCCCAAAGCUCGAAUCCCCAGAACUGCUACGCUGAGGGUCUCCAGGAAGAAGGGGUCUGGGGGUCCUCCCGCUCAGAGCCCGUCCGUGGCCCGCAGCAGCUGGCUCGACGUGUGGAAGGGCAUCAGACACAACGUGGUGUGGGCCACCUUUGAUGGACAGGUCAUGGCUCUGUGGAAGAAACGCACCGAUCGCUUCAGUGAGGUGAUGUUCCAUGUGUCAAACAUCACAAACAUAAAGCGUCAGGACAAAGGGCGAUUCUCCGUUUACCUCGGGAAGAAACACUACGACUUCAUGGCCCACAACGACGAUGUGCAGGAGGGCUGGGUCUCCUCUCUCCAAUUGGCUCGGGGCUGUCCAAGCCCCGCCCCUCCUACACAUCAUGGGCAAAUCACGUUGAAGGAACCUCGCAGUCGGGCGUACGCCGCGGUGCAGGGCUCAGAGCUCUGGGUGUUUCCAAAUAAGGACAGUUUUGCUGUGGGCGUGGCUUCGUUUGCAGUUCCACUGAACGUGGCGUCAGUGAAAAAGAGCGGGAAACACUCCCUCAGCCUCAUCACGCCAUUCAAGACCUUCAGUGUCUCCAUUGAUUCGUCUAAAGAGCUGACCGUCUGGAUGGACGCUCUCUCCUCCACUAUCAGUAGUUCCAUGGGCAGCAGCCAGGUGGCGUUGCGUCUCUGGGACCAGAAUCCCAGCACUAAACUGUGUGCAGACUGUGGGGCACCAAAUCCUGAGUGGGCGUCGGCCAAUCUGCUGCUUGUGCUGUGCCACACCUGCGCAGGAGUUCACAGGUCUCUGGGACAAAUAUCCAAAAUCAAGAGUCUGACGAUGGACAACAAAGUGUGGACCGAGGCCCUCAUCCAGCUCUUCGUUUCCCUUGGCAACCAAGCAGCGAACCAGAUCUGGGCUCCUGUCGUUCCAGCAACGGAACAACUGAGCCCUCAUUCAUCAGACGAAGAAAGGUCAAAGUUCAUCCAUGACAAAUACGCCAAAGGACGAUACAGACGCCUGCACGCUCUGUCGUCCAGCCAGGACCUAAUGGACCAGAGGCUCAGGGAGGUGGUGUGUGGAGAUGAUGUGGAUGAAACUCUGUCUUUGAUCUGCUCCGGAGCAAAGGUGACCCAAACCGACCUGCUCAGUCCCAGCCCCAUUCACCUGGCGCAGAGGGCGGGGCAAGCUCUGCAGGUGGAGCUGCUGCGACUCAACGAGUUCACAGACGUCCCACCUCCACAUCCACUGAAGGCCAAUGACAGCGCAGUCUCUGCCACGUCAGGUGAGGAGGAGGAGGAGCUUCACGCGAAAGUGGAGGACGACCGCUUCCUCUUUUCAAUGGAGAACGAUUCUGCGGCGUGUGACGUUUUGGACCUGAGAGAAGUGCACUCCAUGUUUUUCCAGAGCGGGGACAGACCCCAGUUCCACAUCCACACCUUGAACGGGCCUCUGGUCUGUGGGUCCGACUCCUUACAAGACCUGCUCACACACUACUACCAAAUACUCAAGGUGAUCCUGCCCUCAGGUGUGUCUGAUGCAGAGGUGGGCGGGGCCUUAGCCGUGAGUAAAGUAUGUGUGGUGGAGAUGGGCGUUCACAGCAGCCAAUCAGACGCCUGGAUCCUGCUGUGGGUGGGCGGAGUCAGUCUUUACCAAAAACAGAGCUGCCUCCAACUGCAUCCAAUCACACGCCACGAAAUGGAUCCGUCAGAAAACACUGUGACCCUGGACACCAGAGACAGGAGUAUGUCCUUCCGAUUUGAGGACAGUUUGAGCUGCUCUUCCUGGUUCAGUCACUUGUGCUCCGCCCUCAACGCGCAACAAGCCAAUCAGAGUCCGGCACUUAAACCAGGAACCAAUCCAAGCUCAGCCCCAUAUCCAGCAACCAAUAAGAAUGCAGGAACAUAUCCACAAGCCAAUCAGAGGGGAGGGCUGUACCCGGUGAAGUCAGUGAAGGGAAGAGUUCCUGCGUCAAUAGAACGCUGCAUUUCUCAUGUCACAAGCCACGGCCUGAAGGUGGAGGGCGUGUACCGUCGCUGUGGUCUGACAAACAAAGUGAACCGUUUGGUGGAGGCCCUGAUGAGGUCACCAGACUCCGCCCCUCUUGAGAGCGAUGAACAGGGAGUCCUGGACGCGGCCGCCACCCUCAAACGCCUCGUGCGACAAAUGAACGGGCUGAUCCCUGAACACAACAUGCCCCAGUGGAUCAAAGCUGCAGUGAUCUCAGACGAACGCUCCAGAUUCGCCGCCUACAAAGGUUUACUACGAGAUCUGCCCGACGACAGCAGAGCCACCCUCAACGCGCUGUUUGCACACUUUUACAUGAUCCAGGUGUUCUCGCAGGUAAACCUGAUGUCCGCUCAUAACUUGGCCUUAGUCCUGAUCCCGACGCUGUUCCAAAGUCUGAACCAGGAUUUAGUCCGACUGCUGCGAGAGUUCAUCAUCCACCACACGCUGCUCUUCCUGAGUGGGGAGGACAGUGAGGAAGUGAUCACUUUUUUCUGAGGACGUCAGUUUUUUUAUUCAUAAUUCAUGUUUUGGUGCAGGAUUUUGGUACAAAAUAAAAACCUUUGUAAAUGA